AUGGCUUCUGUGCUACUGCCUACGUCCGUGAAGCCCAAGAAGUAUGUGCUCCAUCUGGAGCCGAAUCUGGAAACCUUCAAGUUCAAGGGCAUCGUGACCAUAGAUUUGGACGUGGUUGAGCCGACGAAUGAGAUUCGAUUCCACGCGCAGGAGCUGGAGUUGCAUAAGGUGGAGCUGACAACAGGCGACAAGCUGCUCACAGCAGGAGCGGAUGGAGUGCCGGCAGUGGAGCUGGACAAGGAGAGGCAGGAAGGGAAGUUGGUGCUGGGGGAAGGGCAGACGUUGAGCACCGGGCCUGCGAAGCUGAGGAUUGAGUACACUGGGAUUCACAACGACAACAUGGUUGGCUUCUACCGUGCAUCCUACACCCGUGACGGCCAGAAGCAGUGGAUGGUGACGACCCAGUUUGAGCCAGUAGGAGCGCGCCAAUCCCUGCCCUGCUGGGACGAACCUGCAGCAAAAGCCACGUUCGAGGUGUCACUGCGCGUGCCGGCCGGGUUGCAAGGCUUGUCCAACAUGGACGAGGUUGGGCGGGAGAAGCAGGCGGACGGCUCGGAGGUGGUUCGGUUUGCGGAGAGCCCGGUUAUGAGCACGUACCUGCUGGCGUUCGUGGUGGGGGAGGUGGAGUGUGUUUCUGACAAGACCAGCAACGGCACUCUGGUGAACAUUUAUACGACGCCUGGGAGGAAGGAGCAAGGGAGGUUCGCCCUGUCAGUGGCGUGCAAGGUGAUCACCUUCUUUGAGGACUACUUCGGAAUCAAGUACCCCCUGCCCAAGGCCGACCUCAUUGCCAUCCCGGACUUUGCCAUGGGAGCCAUGGAGAACUGGGGCCUCAUCACCUUCAGGGAGACAGCUCUGCUGGUGGAUGAGAACAGCGCGCCUGCUGCCACCAAGCAGCGCGUGGCGUACGUCAUCUCUCACGAGCUGGCCCACCAGUGGUUUGGUAACCUGGUAACCAUGCAGUGGUGGAACGACCUGUGGCUGAACGAGGGCUUCGCCACGUGGGUGGGGUGGCUGGGAGUGGACUAUAUUUUCCCCGAGUGGGACGUGUGGACGCAGUUCGCCUGCAAUGACAUGGACACGUGCCUGCACACUGACGCCCUGCUGGGCUCUCACCCCGUUGAAGUGCCCAUUAAUGACCCCAAGGAGAUCGAGCAGGUGUUUGACGCACUGAGCUACUCCAAGGGCGCGUGUGUCAUUCGGCAGCUGGAGGCCGCCAUUGGGGCGGACGCCUUCAAGAAGGGCCUACACUCGUACCUAUCCAAGCACGCCUAUGCCAACACCGUCACCAACGACCUCUGGAUCUCCCUUGCCGAGGCCUCGGGCAAGCCUGUCCGUGAGAUGAUGGUCAGUUGGACGGCCCAGAUGGGCUAUCCGCUCAUCUCCAUCCUGCCUCCCAGCCCGGGCAAACAGGGUGUCCGUCUCAGACAGACCCGUUUCCUCUCCAAGGGACCUCCCAGCGAAGCAGAGGAUAAGCAGCUGUGGUGGGUGCCUGUGACUGCAACGGCAGGGAGAGUGGGCGGAGGGGAGGGGAAGAAGCUUGAUACGGUUGUUCUGUCGGAAAAGGAAGGGGAGGCGGAGGGGUUUGUGGUUCCGGAAGGGGAGGGGGGGUGGCUGAGGGUCAAUGCGGGGCAGACUGGGAUUCUCCGGGUGAAUUACACGGAGGAUCAGUGGAAGGGGAUUUCGGCUGCUGUGGAGGCGCUACAGUUGCCUGUCAUCGACCGACUGGGUUCUGUCAUGGACGCCUUUGCAUUGGCCAAGGCGGGCAUCAUCAAGACCAGCCAGGCGCUGCAGCUGGCGUGGGCAUUCAAGAACGAGACGGAGUACACCGUAUGGGCGCAGAUAGCAGGGGACAUCGGCGAGCUGGAGAUCCUGAUCGGCGCGUUGCAGCAGAAGCCCCUUCUGGAGGCGGUGGGCAUGCAGCUCUUCACGCCCAUCGCUGACAAGCUGGGCUGGGAGCCCAAAGCGGGCGAGUCUCACCUGGACUCCAUGCUGCGGCCUUUGGUCCUGGGCAAGUUGGGCAGCUACCAGCACGCCCCCACCAUCGCCAAGUGCCAGGAGCUCUUCAAGCAGCUCACCGCUGAUAUCUCCUCUGUCAACCCUGACCUGCGUCGGGUGGUGAUGUCUGUGGCGGUGAAGUAUGGAGGAAAGGAGGAGAUGGAGGCCACUAAGAAGCUCUACAGGGAGGCAACCACGCCUGACUUCAAGAUUCACUGCCUCGUUGCGCUCUCCUCUGUGAAGGACCGUGAGCUCUACAAGGAUUUCCUGGCGUUUGCACUUGAUGAGACUGAAGUGAAGGCUCAGGACCAGUACAUCGUCUUCAUGACUAUGGCAGGCAAUGCAGCCAAUCGCGAGUUUGCAUGGGAGUAUUUCAAGGAGCACUAUGACACCAUCCAUGCUCGCUUCGCCUCUGCUGCUGCCCUUUUCAAGCGCAUACCAGCUCUGCCCCUCAAGGGUUUUGCCACCGAAGACAAGGCCCGUGAUGCGGAGGCUUUCUUUGCCGCCCAUCCGGUCCCAGCUGCGGCGAUGGAACUGGAUCGGACACUCGAGACAAUCAGGGCUCGUGCAGCAUGGCUGGCACGAGAUGGAGAUGAUAUCGUUGGUUGGCUCAAAUCCAAGGCAUCUUAG